UCGCGAAGGCAUCUGCGAUCACGCCGACUCCGGAUCGCGAUAUUCCCGCGUGAGGAAAAAGGGGAUAUCGACGUGUCGGGGCCGGCGGAUGCGAUAGAGGCGAGCGAGCGAGCGAGCGAGCGAGCGAGCGGGACGGAGAGGGAGAGAGCGCGAGGAGAGAGGGGGAGAGAGAGAAAGACGGGCCGAGAAAGAGAGACCGCGCUCGACCAAUCGCCGGCUUUCCGUGGCUCCGUCGUCGAUGAGGCGGCCGUCGCGCAACGUAACCUCAGUCGCUUACGUGGAAACACGCCUGUCGGGCGACGUCGGUGGAAAAUCGAGCGAGCGAGGCUUUGCAAUAUAACGGAGCAGCGGACGGAUAUACCGUCGUGCGCGGAGAGGAACGCGCGCGACUCGACGUCGCUGCUCUCACGCGUGCGUGCGUGCGUGAGUUACCAGUGGGCACGGAAUCGCGCUGAGAAUUCGCGAUCCCGCGAGAGAUUGGCGCGCGCUCGAAACGGCCCGGAGAAGUCACGUUGAGAUACGCUCGUUGUCGAGCGGAGGGACAGGGAGCGAGUAGCUUGCGUUCCUGCGUGCGGAAAGAAGAAAGAGAGGAGAGGCGCGCCGCCGUUCCGCCGGAGAAAGGAGCCUCUCCGCACGGAAUCUCCUCGCGCUCCCCUCCGACGCACACUGCACAAGGUGUCGAAGGCACGUCGCCGCGUGUGUUCGACCGAAUUUCGCGGUCCGUGCGCGCGAGCGGGACGGCAAGGGAGGCCGGCGGGAGCGAGAGAGACGGAGCGAGGGGAGAGGAGAGGAAAAAAAGAGAGGUAGACGCGUAAGAGAUAUAUAGGCGCGAUCAAAGGCGAUAGACAAGGACACCGCGGCGGCGUGGGAAGGGAGACGGAAGAAGCGGCGAUCGAGUGGGAGAGAUACGGGCCUGGUGGGAGCGGGACGGAGCGAGAGGGCGACGCGGUGAGAGGCGCGGCACGGCGACUCGGCGGAGGGAGCGCGACGGAUUCGUAUUCCCCGCGGUGAGUGCGAGAGAGAGAGAGAUAUAUAUAUAGACAGCAGCGCUCUGGUGGGGGAACGAGGCGCAGUCGGGAGUGGGGGGGAUAGAGGCGCAACCCGAGCGGUGCUGCCGCCUAUUGGCAACGUCGCGUCGGCUCCCCACCCGGGCCAGUUGUCGAGCGAGGUCCGACGGCGAGUUCCUACGGCAGUGUGAUUUUCUCUCGAGUCGCGCAGCGCCGGGAAGGUUCCGUUUUAUCGCACGUCCGCGAGGCACGUUUUGUCGUACUCUGUCCCGGACGGGCGCGCGUCGGGCGGAGACGCGGAAAAAAAGAGAGAGAGAGAGAGAAAAGGGAGCAGUCGGCAGCCCCGCGAGAGAAAGAAACAGAAAGGACGAGAAUCGUACAGUGUGCCCGUUUUUAUAUUUUCGUUCCUAUUUUCGUUGACUCCGCGUCACGCGCACGGAUCCCCUCGGGUCUUUCCGUUGGCGAGAGAGAGAGAGAGAGAGAGAGAGAGAGAGCCGAGAGUGAGAGAGAAAGAGAGAAGAGCCUCCUAACGUCGCUCUCGUUAUACACGGCUCUCCCACCACCGUCAUCGAUUUCCCACGCGUCGCGCUUACUCGCGCCGCACUGGUGAGGGAAUUCGCGAGGGUGAAGUAGGAUUCCUCGGCAAAGAGCGGGCCGAGACACGGCAACGCCGCCCGUGGCAGCGGCGGCGGCGGCGGUGGGUAACAGCCAGCGGCGGCGACGGCGGCAGCAACGGGAACGGCGGACGCAAUUUACGGAACAGCGGCAGUAGGCGGCGCUGGUGCUGCGCCCCGACGGCCGUCGAUCGAAGCCCGCGUUAUCGCAAUGGCUUCCGUGAAAGACACAGCGACUUUCUUCGCGGAGGGCACCGCGACGCAAUUCGAUCACGUUCUCAAACUCUAUCCGCAGGCGCUGCGACUCAAGGCCGAUCACAAGUCGAAAAAGCCCGAGGAGCUGAUCAAGCUGGACAAUUGGUAUCAGAAUGAGCUUCCGAAGAAGAUCAAAUCGCGCGGCAAGGACGCGCAUCUCAAUCACGAGGAGCUGGUGCAGACGAUGAAGUGGAAGCAGAUACGCGGCAAGUUCUACCCGCAGCUAUCCUACCUGGUGAAGGUGAACACACCGCGCGCCGUGAUGGCGGAAACGAAGAAGGCGUUCAAGAAGCUCCCGAAUCUCGAGCAAGCGAUCACGGCGCUGUCGAAUCUGAAGGGCGUCGGUACCACGAUGGCUUCGGCCCUACUCGCCGCGGCAUCACCGGAGAACGCGCCCUUCAUGGCGGACGAGUGCCUGAUGGCGAUACCGGAGAUCGAGGGUAUCGAUUACACCACUAAGGAAUACUUAAACUUCGUCCAGCACAUUCAGAACACCGUCGAGAGGCUGAACAAACAGACGUCAAACGGCAAGACAUGGAGCCCACAUAGAGUCGAACUGGCGCUGUGGACGCACUACGUGGCGUCCGAGCUGCAGCCGGAGCUGCUCGACGGCAUCCCAGGCUCGACGGAGAACGGCAACUCGCAUAGCGCCAGCAACGGCGAGGCGACGGAGCCGUCGGAUGAUAGUAAUCAGGAGACGGUGGCGAAUGGCAAGGACACGCCGGCAGCGCUCGACCCGGCGGCGAUCGACGAAAACAGCACAACGACGUCCUUCACCGAGGACUCGUUGGACAAACCGGCGACGCCAAUCACCGCCAGCGAUCAUCCUGUCGUGGGCGCCAGCGAGGACACGAACGAUUCCCUCAUUACCAACGACAGCAGCAACAACGCGACGCCACGACCUACCGAUAGCGAGGAUACAUGCGAGGAGGACUCGCAGGACGCGCAGGACGCGCAGGAAGCGCAAGACGCGCAGGAGCCGCCCACCAAGAAGAGCAAGAAGUGACCCGAUCGGCUCGGUGACGCGACGAGCAACAACGUCAGCACUUUCGUGCCCGCCAGAAGUCUGUCGAUCAUCGCGGCACCGCGUCGUCGAUUCUGAAUCAUCGAACGGAUGAUGGACCGACGGACGGACGGAUAGGUAGUAUAGAGAUGGAUGCACGGACGGACGGACAGACGCGGAUGGAUGGAUGAAUUACUCUAUUGCGCGAUUGCUUGGACGGAGCGCAGCUCCGCUCCCUUCAUCCUCGAACUCUUACGGAAGGGGAGAGGAGAUGAGCGAGGAAGAAGAGCGGUGGAUUCGCGCCGGGAUCCCGGAGUUUCCGAUGAAUUCUCGGGAUCCUCGAAUCCUCAAAGUCCUCUCGCUCCGCUUCUCUCCCCCUUCCGUAUCCUUCCCGCAUCUCGCCCACGGUCUCGUUAUAUCUCGUUUCUUUACGCUCCUCCCGUUCUGGUAACGAUUUUUACUGAGUGACCGACGCGAGUCCGCAUCCUCGUCGACGUCAGACGUCAGAUGAUACAGCUAGAUCCUCGCCGUUGUUGUUCGGACAAUCUCGCGCGUUCACGUAAUGCCAACAAGAGUUUUGCACCACCUUUUGAUUAUGGAUCUCCUGUAUAAAGUAUGUUGGAGCGGACGAGGAAACGUGAGAGUAUAUACUCGGUGUUGUUAGAAAUAAAGGAUCUUUCACGAACGUACUCGAUCAAUACAUCAUUCCCGAGGCGUCUUGCAACAGGAUUUUCGUUUCUUCGUAUUAUGUUGAGAACUUGGAAUUUUUAGAAUUUGAGAUGAUCAAAGUCGAAGUUUUCGACGAGACUUUCGAUUUUGACGGCUUACACUUUUAAAUUGGCAAUUUGUAUGAAAUUAUGCAUUCACGGGACCUCGAAAUGAUUUUGUCGAUGAUUUACUCUCUUGUCGAGCUAUUUACGUUGCUGUAUCUUGGAAUACUCGAACGUCCCCUUUCUUUCACGGCUCCUCGUUUGCCGCUCUUCAACGCAAACACAACUGAAACUGCCGUUCUACAAACAAGAAGGUGAUGCAAAACUUUCUUGAUACACAUCUCUCGUCGUCCACUUUUCUAAUCCACCCUACGCGACGUCACAUGUCGUAAAUAACGAGACUCCCUCGUGACGUUCCGGUUGUCAUCGAUCACUGCGAUUUUUCGUUGAAGUUUUCGCAAUUGUCACAAAACAUCCGUCGCGCAUAUGUUUUAUAUAUAUAUAUAUAUAUCCCUUCCCGAGGUCAACAAUCCGAUAGAUCAGCCUCGAGGAAUGAUCUCGCAAGCGAGUGUAAAGCGAUGUUGCAUGUUUACGCGUGAAACGGCCGUGAACUCCACGUGUAAAGAAUGCGUCAAACCGUGACUUCGUCUGAGAAUGCAUAUGCAAUAAGGAGCGGAGACACUUUUUUUAUUUUAUUUACCGUCAACUCCGAGACCGUAUACAAGACGGGACAGCGGGAGAAUUUUGAAUAUGCGUAAAUAUUCAGCAUCGGCACCGAGAUUUUGUGAAUCCCCUCGGAAGAUUUCAGUUCCUCCUAGACACUUCAGGCGGCAGCUUUUCCCGAAUGCGCGCGCGCCAGGACGACCGACAAUUAAAUUCCCGCGUCCUUUGGAUCCUCGGAAGGGAGACCUGCGAAUCGUCCGGACCGUGGAUCACUUUUCAGUUAGUCGAUAAUCGAUCACGUCUUAUUAGUUUCGCGCAACGUGAAUCAAUAUAUACGGCGGAGUUCUCGAAUCAUUCCUUCGGAAGCGACGAUUAUUAUUGUUGAAAAGAGAAAGAAAGGGAGAGAGAGAUUGGGUGAAAUGUAUGUGAAUGAGGAGAGGGGGAGGAAGAGAGCAAAGCACUCCGUGAGUAGCAAAAAAAGGCAGAGGAAAUACUGGACACAAUGAUAAUAUUAAUAUUAAUAAUAAUGAUAUAAAUAAUUAUUAUUAUAAUUAUAAUUAUUAUAUAAUACCGAAUCAUUACCAUAAUUUAUAUACCUAAUGAGAAAACUGCAUGUCAGAGUGAUGCAUGGAGCAAACCAAAUACCUUGUAAGUAAAAAAAAAACUUUAGAAAGAAAUAAAAGUAAUGCUUUCAGUCCAUCAAGCUCAGUAAAAUAGCGUCCGGCCUGCGACAAAUACACACACACGCUACGCGCGCAUAGUUUUAGGAACACUAAUUAUUUAAGUACUUAGUACGUAUCUACUCGAGAGUUCAUUUAAAGAACAUUUAGUACUAUUAUCGAAACUUUCUCUGAUUUUAGAACUCUAAAUUUUGUUGUUAUAAAUACUUUAAUGAACGUUUAAAGCCCCCAAA